AUGUCUGCUUUGCUAGAAAAUUUCAGAAGUCUUUCGCUUUCCAACGAGCUCAGCAAGGAGCAACUUGCCUUGGCUACCCAGUGGGAAACCGUGGUGAAAUCCGGACAAAUCCAAGGUCACAUUGAGGAAUUGAACUUGCGUUUGAGAGACCAUUCUUUCAUUUUGGGAACCGUCACUCCUACCGAAACCGACGCUAUCGUUUUCGAGUCUGUUUUCACUGUUAUCAAGGACCUUUUGGCCUCGUCUAAGGAUGUCAAGGGCCACUACGCCCAAUACAGACACAUUAUUAGAUGGUGUGCGUACUUGCAAGAGAUUCUAGAAGUUUCUGAAGACAACAAGCUCUCUCUAAACUACGACCUCGAGCUACCUCGCGAAGUGAUUGAGAAGAAGAAGAAAGAUGACGCCAAGAAGCAACCUGCUGCUAGCGAAAGUAAGCCAGCGGCCAAGGCAGACGUCAAGGACAACUCAAAACAGGGCCCAAGAGGCAAACCUGACGAGGAAACCUUGAAAAAACUCAGGGAAGAGGCCAAGGCCAAAAAAGCAGCCAAGAAGGCCCAGCAGGGUCAGCAGGGCCAGCCACAGGAUCAACAGCCCCAAAAACCAAGACCAUCGGCUAUUGACUUCCGUGUUGGUUUCAUUCAAAAGUGUAUCAAGCACCCAGAUGCUGACUCCCUAUACGUUUCGACCAUUGACGUGGGUGACGAAGAAGGUCCCAGAACCGUCUGCUCUGGUUUGGUCAAAUACUUCCCAUUGGAAGCCAUGCAGGAGCGUUACGUGGUUGCUGUGUGCAAUUUGAAACCAGUGAACAUGAGAGGUAUCAAGUCUACUGCUAUGGUCUUGUGUGGCUCUGACGAAAACAAUGUCGAGUUCGUUCAACCUCCAGAGGGCUGCAAGCCAGGUGAAAAGAUCUUCUUUGAAGGUUUUGGCGACGAGGAGCCCGCCAAGCAGCUCAACCCCAAGAAGAAGAUUUGGGAACAAUUGCAGCCAAACUUCUCCACUAACGCCAACCUCGAGGUUUUCUUCAAAGAUGAGGAAGACGGUGACAAGCCUAAGAAGUUGACAAAUUCCCGUGGAGACUUAUUCAAGGUUGCCUCUAUCACGAACGCCAACGUCCGCUGA